UAUUUUUGCGCUGGAAAAGCAGGUAAAAUCCGCCGAAAUAGGGAGCUGAUGACUGCCGGUCGACCCAUGAGGAUCCCUGGACCCACCGCAAUCAGCGAAUAACCGAAAAGAGCUCAGCUCCUGGAGUUCCGGAUCCGAGAGACUGAUAAACCCACGAUGUCGUCCACAUCGGCGGCUGCCUCGAACGCGGCGCCCGCGAAAACGGAGGUGCGCUACGUGACCGAGGUGCCCAGCAGCCUGAAGCAGCUGGCCCGCCUCGUGGUCCGCGGAUUCUACUCCCUGGAGGACGCGCUCAUCAUCGACAUGCUGGUGCGGAAUCCCUGCAUGAAGGAGGACGACAUCGGCGAGCUGCUGCGCUUCGAGAAGAAGCAGCUGCGGGCCAGGAUCACCACGCUGCGCACCGACAAGUUCAUCCAGAUCCGGCUGAAGAUGGAAACGGGGCCGGAUGGCAAGGCGCAGAAGGUGAACUACUACUUCAUCAACUACAAGACCUUCGUGAACGUGGUCAAGUACAAGCUGGAUCUGAUGCGCAAGCGCAUGGAGACGGAGGAGCGGGAUGCCACCAGCCGGGCCAGUUUCAAGUGCUCCACGUGCUCCAAGACCUUCACGGACCUCGAGGCCGACCAGCUGUUUGACAUGGCCACCCUGGAGUUCCGGUGCACCUUCUGCGGCAGCUCCGUGGAGGAGGACAGCGCCGCCAUGCCCAAGAAGGACUCGCGCCUGCUGCUGGCCCACUUCAACGAGCAGCUGCAGCCGCUUUAUGACCUUCUCAGGGAGGUGGAGGGCAUCAAGCUGGCGCCGGAGGUGCUGGAACCCGAACCCGUGGACAUCGACACCAUUCGGGGACUGAACAAGCCCAACGCCAUGCGACCGGACGGCCUGGCGUGGUCGGGCGAGGCGACGAGAAACCAAGGCUUCGCCGUCGAGGAAACGCGAGUGGAUGUCACCAUUGGCGGCGACGACACCUCGGAUGCGGUGAUCGAGCGCAAGUCCAGGCCCAUUUGGAUGACCGAGAGCACUGUGAUAACCGACACGGAUGCUGCCGAUGGCUCGUCGGAUGCGGUGCAGAUGGCCAGCGGAUCCGGACAUCGCAACCGCAAGGAGAACGAGGACAUAAUGUCCGUGCUGCUGCAGCACGAAAAGCAGCCGGGCCAGAAGGAGCCGCACAUGAAGGGCAUGCGCGUGGGCUCCUCGAACGCCAACUCCAGCGAUUCGAGCGACGACGAGAAGGACAUCGACAAUGCCAAGAUUCCUGAUGUCGAUUUCGACAAUUACAUCAACUCGGACUCCGCUGAGGAUGACGACGAUGUGCCCACGGUGCUGGUGGCAGGACGACCCCAUCCGCUCGACCAACUGGACGACAACCUGAUAGCGCAGAUGACGCCGCAGGAGAAGGAGAACUACAUUCACGUAUAUCAGCAGCACUACAGCCACAUAUUCGAAUAGGGGCUCUUGCAAUUAGCCGCGUUUUCCCCGAGUUCCCCGCCUCAAGCAUAGAGUCAUUGUAAUUAUAAGUUACCCACUAGUUCGAGAGAAUUGUACAAAUGAAAUGCGUAUAUAAAUGUGCAUAAGCAAAAUGCUAA